UUUGCCUUUUCUUGGGCCGCUCCGGCGGCAUAUGGAGGUUCCCAGGCUAGGGGUCCAAUCGGAGCUGUAGCCACCGGCCUACGCCAGAGCCACAGCAACGCCAGAUCGUUAACCCACUGAGCAAAGGCAGGGAUCAAACCCGCAACCUCAUGGUUCCUAGUCGGAUUCGUUAACCUCUGCGCCACGACAGGAACUCCAGAUUUAGGUGUCUUGAGAAUGGAACUCCAGGCAAGAUGGAAGAUUUCAGAGUGAGUGGAGGAAGUUAAGCUCAUUAAAGGAGUGAAAAGGAGCCAACAGCUAGAUAGGCAGAGAGGACCACCAUGAGCAGGAAAACCAAGAGGCAAAGAGCAGAGGUUUUUGUUUUUGUUUUCAGAGAGACAAUGUGAAUGACAGUGUCAUGUGUUGUUAAGAGGUCACUUGAGGUAAGGAUUGAAAAGUGGCCAUCGAAUUUAGCAACUCUGGGCUCAUUAGCCGAUGUGGUGGGAAUAUUUUGGGCUGAGAGGCGGGGCAGAAGCCACCCUGCUAUGGCCGAGGAUCCAGCGGGAAGAAGGAAGUGGAGGCGAUGAGGCAUGUUUCUCUCCAUCAGCUGGCAGGAAAUGGAGGGAGCGCUGGUGGGAGCCGAGAGUGACACUUGAGGUUUUGAGGAAGCCUAUUUUAAGAUCGGUGUGUGAACUUGUCAUGAGAGGGGGAGUUGAGAGGUAACAGUGGAAGAGGGAGUCAUGAUGGAGCAGGUGCUCAGGAGUCAGGGGCAAAGGGAAGGAGCCCCACCCCCUUUAUAUUCCCACCCCUACUGCCUCUGUCAGUUCUGGGCUAAAGCUUCCUAAUUUGCCCCCUGGUGUCCUUGCUUUAGCCCCAUCCUAGAUGCUUAUAUCAGAUUUCUCUUUCUAAAAUUUUCCUCAGCUCCCAGCCGUUGCCUGUUUCCUGCUCAGUGAAGGUUCCACCUCCGCAUUUGGCUACUUCCGUUUUUUCCUGGCACCUCCUAUUUGCUUGUGAGUGUGCCCUCCCUCAGCCUCCUCAUUCCCACCCUUGGGAAAUAUAAGACUUCUUUCAAAUGGCAGGGCGUCACCUAAGUGUUACAUAACCUGACCCAUCAUAGGUACUCAGUUCACUGGUAUUGAGGAAGGAGAAGGGCAAGCAGAAAUCACAGGUCCUUAUGACUUUAAGGCUUAAACCAUUAGAUCAGAGAAACAAUAUGAUUAACUGCCAGAAAGUUAUCACAAAGCCAGAAUGCAUCAGGUAAUCUCUUUAUCUUUUGUCUCUGAGAGUGACACCAGCCUUCGAGAAAGAUUCUCUAAAGGGAUGCUCAGAAAUCUUGUAAAAUAGAUGUAAAGUAAAUUCUAUUGCAUCUAAAGAUCUUACUGUUUUGCUAUAUGUAUGGAAAGAUAGUUUUCCUGACAAUUAUAAGCAAAUAUUCUGCCCUAUUAAAUGAAAACAUUGAAAAUAAAUAUAGGAGUUAGACUUAAAUGAUUUUAAGGCGUAUUAUAAAUUUAUUAUUGAAAAAGAGCUAUAACUCAUUGCUUUGUUGCCAUCAUAAAACAGUGCAAAUUCCAUAGAAUAGUUUUUUUAACUAUAAUACUGCUGACAUCAGGGUUGGAAUAAUUUUUGUGGUGGGGGCUGUGCUUUGCAUACUAGGAUUUUGGCCACAUGCAUUCUGAGUUUCCCAGUAGCACCUAUUCCCACCUGUGACAACUAAAAAUGUGCCCAGACAUUACCAGAUGUCCCCUGGGUGGGGGUAUGGGGGCAAAAUCACCCCCUAUUGAGAAUCACUGCUAUGGAAUGACAUGCUUUAUGUCAUACACCUGCCCCGGCAUCCCUGCCUUUUCCUGCCAGCUCUUCUCUUGUGCAUUUUUUGAUCAGGGGCAUUCUGAUAAAAGUGAGAUCAGAAUUCUCUCAUUAUUUGUGUCUUAUUUUAUUUUUUGCUUUUUAAUGGCUACACCUGCAGCAUAUGGAAGUUUCCAGGCUAGGGGUCAAAUUGGAGCUGCAGCUGCCAGCCUACACCACAGCUCUGGACAGUGAGGAACUAUAUCCAGUCUCUUGAGAUAGAACAUGAUGAAAGAUAAUAGAAGAAAGAGAAUACACACACAUGCACGCGCACACACACACAUAACUUGGCACAACAUUGUAAAUCAGUCAUACUUAAAUGUUAAAAAAGCAGUAGAUUGAAGUUGAUAGAAUGAUGAAAUUAAAAAAAAAAAUUCUUCCGUCACAAAUACCCACCUGUUGGAAGGAAGCCCACUUUUGGGGAAAGAACCAAAAACUCAUACAAACAUGGAGAGGUAUUACACCAUAGUUGCAUUUUUUAAUGUAAAGUUACCAAAUUCACAGGCAGUGAGCCUAAGGAAGCCAUGGUAGGCUUGGAGGGCUGUUUGAAGGAACACCAAACACACUGAAUAGUGAGGUGCUGUGAGAGAGUCUUGCUCCUGGGGCAGGUGUCCUGGGUGGUGGGGCUUUGGUCAUGGGAUCUGUGAUUCCCGUCAGUCCCAUUUUCCCACCGUGCAGACACGCGCGAAAUGCACCAGUCUUUAACCACUGGCCUCUACACUAUGAGGUACAAGUUGCUAAUCCUGUCUGCAAUUAUCAGCAUGUACUUCUCUUGACUUCCACAAACCAUGUAUACCACGGAGAAAUGCUUCUGAGAAGGCAAUUAAAGAUUUUUUUCUUGAGGUAUCAAGGCUUUAAAGUGCUCAUCAAGAGAUUUCUUAGGACAAGGCGGGUUUGCAGGAUUACCCUCUGCCCUGCUCUGCGUUUUUCCUUUUAACUACAACUUGGUAAACAAGAGCUAAUUCUUAAUAAUAACCUGGGAAGUUACUGCCAUUCAAAGAAAUGUUGACUUUAUUGAUGUUAUAUUCCUCAUAUAGCCAAGAGAAAGUAGGAAACAUUCCUACAAAUCAUUUAACUGAGAAUGCAGUCCUGCUUCUAUGGGCUCCUUUUAGAUAGGGAAAAGAGAUUCUGUGCUUGAGAAUUUUUUAGUGGCCUGCCAGAGGUCUAGGUUUUAUGGGCUCCUAAUAAUCACAGCGGUGAUUUAUUGAGCACCUACUGCAUACGAAGCACUUGACACAUAAUAGCUUCUUCAUGUGUUCUCAGAGCCCUGUGCGUUUUUCAUGAGACUUCUCCCAGUUCUAAUCCCCACUUAUUAAAUGACUAAUUGAUUAGUGUGUGUUUUCCCCACUAAACAGUCACCUCCAUAUCAGUGGAUCCGUACUGACGUUCGUUCCCUAUUGUGGCCCCAACACUUAGGGCACAACCCAGCCAGCACCUAUUACGUACAAAAUGCUUAUUGCUUUGAAGGAUGAUUGAAUCCAGAUCCAGAGUGUUAGGGUUUUACAGAUGAGGAAAUGGAAAGGUGGGGUGGUCAGGAGGCAUAUUGAAACCUUACCAUUGGCAGGGGGAGGCAUCAAAUUCAAGUAUAUCUGGUCCACUGGCGGCUCUCUUUCCACCACACCUGCCUUCUCAAACUUUAGUGUGAAUCACCAGGGAGUUCUUACUGCAAGGCAUGUUCUCCAUUCAGUGAGUCUGAGAUGGGACUGAGAAAGUGCAUUUCCAGCAAGCUCCCAGGUGACACCCAUACUCCUUUCCAGGGAACCACAAUGUUGUGCAGUAGAGGUCUGCACCAGAGUUGCAGUAUAAACAGUGAUGACUUUCUUAUCUUUUGGAGACAUGGUUGGUUCUCUUUGGAAAUCCUUAGCAUAGUACAGAGCCCUUGUACCUUUACCAGGCUCCUAAGGGAAGUGCCGCAGGGAUCAGCUCUUGGAUAAAAACACUGGCCCCUUCUAUCACUUGGUUAUUCAUAAGCUGUGAUCUUUGAUGAGUCUUUACUCAUAUAUCAAUGGUGGGAUGAUGCUAAUGGACCCCUGUUGCCUCCAUUAAAAGUCUCAUACUCAGUACCAGGUGUUGUUUCUGCUCUAAAGGUGCCCAGUACCACUGCUGUUCACUGCUACCAUGGAAAUGCCAGGGAGUAGCAAUGCCCUUCAGAAGUUUCUUUGGAUAUUUAGUUGAAGAAGGUGUCCUAUUGAAACUCUGGAGUCUCCAGACAUCAGGUGGCCCCACCAUUGACUCUGAAGCCAUCCAUUGGUCCCACCGCCCAGUGUGUGAACGGAGGCUGCCAUCAGUGUCCCCGCUGGUGGUGCCUGCUCUACCGAAUGUGGGAUUGUGGGCCUCUUAAGCUCUACCCUUCUUGUUGGCAUGGCUGUGACAGUUUCUUCCUAAAUACCCUCCCUGGCUGAGCAAUUCUUUCUAGCUCUUGAGAAAUAGGUGCAGCAAUUGGCCUUUUUACUAGUUAUAGUGUAAGGUUCAAGGUCUAGGUGCUUAUCUUAACCAUUUGACACUACACGGUGGAGCAUAUCUCUAAGAAGGGGCCCCUCAGUCAGAGCUGUGAUUACUUAUCACCGAGCAGUCUGAUGUCCAGCCCCACCUACACUGUGUGACCAGCCUCUGUGCUGGUUCACAGAUAGUGAGUUCAAGCCAUGCUAAGUGUAGGGCGUUAUCCGGGCUCUUGACUUCAGGCUAAUUCUCUAUUCUUCCCAGCCAUUUACACCAGAUCUGUUCAUAAUCUUUGUGCCUGAUGGGAGCCUACCCUUCAUUCACCAUGUAACAUAAUGUCACCUUUUUUUGUUUUUUUUUUUUUGGGGGGGUAUGCAAGAUUUGAAGAUUCGUUUAUGUUGUGCUCCAAUUGUGUAGUAGUAAAAAUUAAAGGGGCACUUUGAAAAAGCUUUAUUUUAGCUCUGUAUUUUGAAAAAGUCUUUCAGAGAUGUCUUCCUUUAUCAUAUUCAGCUGUGCUAAAUGGUCAUGAGGGAUGGUUUAAUGAGAUGAAGACUUACAAGGUAAGAGCAUCAUUAUAUUAUUGAAAUCAGACUGCACGUAAAUUGGCAGAUACCUGUAGUUUGUCCUGAAGUCGUUUAUUGAAGAGCUUGCUUUAGUUCUCUUCACAUGGACAGGCAAGGCACCAGAAUUAUAGAUGAUGAAUGAGGAAUAUGCUACUGAUGGAAUUUUUUAAAGCACAUGAAGGUUCUUUCACGUCUUUGCUAUCUUAACACGUUAGGUUUUCUCCCUUCCACUUUUAUUUUUCAUUUGUUUGGGAAUGUUACAUCAAUGUUAAUCUAAGUAGACUGUAUGCCUAUGUCUAUGGAUUCAUCAACUUUGCAAAGGUAAUGAUUAAGCUGGACAAAUGUGUAAAGCCACACAAAGAAAAGGCAGCUUACGUCUCACUUUUCUUUCAUAUAUAUAAAAAUUAUUCCCUUUUUAUAAUACCUGGGCAUCAUGGUCAUUGUUCCCAUUAAAAAAAUACUGUAUUUUGUGAAAUGAUACGAUCUCUGAGGCAUUUCCCAUUAUAUAGACGCCGUGUCUUUAAAUUAUAGCAAUUUCUUAAGAUUUUAAGGCAAAAUGGGCUCUUAGAAGUGUGAUUAAUAGCAGGGAAUGAGGCUAAUGCUGGGUCAUCAGUGGCACUCCAUUACAAAAAAGGUUGGACUAAUAAAAGCAUCCAUCUUUUUGACCAAUAAAGCAUUUGAAUGAUAUGCUUAUAGUUUUUAUCAUAGAGUGGUUACUUGGUAAUGAAUAAACUCUGAACUUGCAUUGAAGAAAGGCAGCUCUACUUAAGUGGCUGUUGCACUAGUUUUUUGAUGAUGUGAGAAAAGGCAAGUCUGGGAGGGAGGCUUGUGUUGGAGUGGCCGGUUUGAUUUCCAGGUUGUCUUCUACAAGCGUAAUACCCAUGGCCCGGGAGUCCCAUUCAGUUUAGAGAGUCUAGCUGGUUGAUUAUUUCUCAAGCAGCAUAAGGGUAUACAGUAGACUCUCUAUCAGUGCCUUAUGCAUUGCAUUGUUAGGAAUACUAUACUUAGGAGUCACGGAUGUAGACUGGUCUCAGGAUGGAACUCCUAAGUCUCCUCUUGCUCAGUUCCCCAAGACAUAAGCUUGGACCACUCACUGGUGUGUUGGAAGAGGAUUUUUAGAUGGCUCAUAAAUCAUUCACCGGUUCCCAUUAUUGUGAGUUGAUGUUGCAGCAAUUCCAUUUUCAGUCUGUUUUGAUCCUUCUGAUACAGUCAAGAAGAAAGUCUCCAUUUGGUGCGAGUGUGUCUUUAAUCUCUCUUUCCCCAUUGUAAGUUCAUUAUUUAACAAAGCAAGAACAUGGCUUCCACCCAGAGCCUCUGUGGACACCAGGAUCUAGCUAGAAUUUGAUUACAUUCGUUGGGUUGUAUUACCUUAAUUAGAAAGUCUUUCUCUCUAAAGGGAAGCACACCGGUUUUCCAUUUGAGGCAGUAUUAUAAAGUUUUCUCUGAAAUAGAUUUAUGUUGGCCAAAAGUAAGUAAUUUGUAAGAAUAACAUGGGAGAUGUAGAUGAAGAUGGCAAAAAUAAUGAAGGUAGAAGUAAAUGCUUGAGGUUUGGAAACUGGCUCAAGUGGUCACUAUGGUAGCAUGAUCGCUCUAAGAAUCUCAGGAUUUCUAAGACCCAAUCUUGGGUCUUCCCAGAGUUUCCUGGAGACUCUUUAUUUUUGAAAAUAGUUUAUCAAACAGGUUGUAUAAAAAAUUCAGUCAGUGCCCUCUAUCUUCCUCUUUGAUGUAUUUUUUUUUUCAAUUUUUAAAGUUUUAUUGAGGUAUAGUUGAUUUUUAAUGUUAUGGUAAUUUCUUCUAUACAACACAGUGAUUCAGUUAUGCAUAUACCCACAUUCAUUCACUUUCAGAGUCUUUUCCCACAUAAAUUAUCACAGAUUAUUGGGUAGAGUUCCCCUGUGCUGUACAGCAGGUCCUAUGUGGAAUAUUGGCCUCUUUCAUUUAUUUUAAUUAAUUUUUUAGUAAAGAAAGCUUCAAACAUUUAGGUUCUGCGGGGAACAAAAUAAGUAAAACAGACACGUGCAGGUAGAACUAAAGGUGGAUUAGGGCAAGUUCCUCACCACAACUGGGAUAGAGGAAAAAGGCAUGUUAUAUCUCCCAGUCAUGGGGAGGAACCCAUAGAAUCACCUUGCAGUUAAAAAGGGCCUCCAUUUGGGUAAUGGUUAUGCGAGGCUUAGAAAACUCCAGGGCUCAGCUAUUGGCCUUUACCAGGGAAAUGGCUGCCACUCUUUGGAUUAUCAUUUAGAAUUGUAAACUAAAACCCCUUACCAGUCAUUUGGUUCAUUUCAGGCUCCAGGGAUAGAAAAUAAACAUAAAGGUCAGGAGAACUCCUGGAAGAAACCAGAAGUGUGGAGAGUGGGUAACCAGCAUUUUUCAGUGAAGAUGGGGAACAGGGAUGGGGGGAUAGAGCAGGAUUCUUUGAUUUCAUUUUUUUCUCUCUGUAGUUUUGCUGGGACAUGGGAUAAGGCCCUGCUCUGUGUCCUAGCCAUCUCGGCCGCAUGCGAAGAGCAGUGAGCAUGGAAUUUGAGAACGUUCCGUUCCCAAGGCAUUUGAGGAAGAGUCUGUGUUAGUUGUUCCAGCAGCCAGACUUGCAUCAUCAUUCAGGGUUUAGCAAGGCUGGCUUUCUUUCUCUGGGGCAGUGGAACAGUUUAAUCCCCACAGGCUUUCUAGGGCAGAAAAGGGAUUCAUCUCAAUGUCCGUUCCCUGUGUCUAUAAGGUGCUAACAAGUCCUCAAGCCUGAGGAAUUCUCUCCUCCUCAGGCACGGAACCCUCCGUAGAAUUUUCGUCUCCAGACACUGUGGAGGCCUGAGGGGCUGUGUUGGUUUGGGGAAAGGAGAGAGUCAGCAGAGAGGCACUUAGGAAACAAACUAUAGCACAACACAACCAAAACACACAAGAAAACCCUCUGCUAUUUUGUGCCUUGGCAGUUGCAGAAGAAAGGCUAGAUUUUUGAAGCAGAAGGUGGAAUCAGGAGCAGCUAGAGAAGGUUAGGAAGUUUUUAAUGGAAAUGAGGGUGGGGGGAGAGGAGCUGGGAAGACCAGUAAAAUUUUGGUUAUACUUUUUAGACAGAGAUGGGAAUUCCAGUAAUCUGAUACUUACUAGUGUAAUUGCCAGAAUCCUCCGAGGUAUAUAGCCUUAGUUUUUUUUCUAAUUUCAUUUUCCUAGUUUCACAUUUUGCUUUGGUAUCCAGCAGUGUUGUGCUAUACUUGGCAAUGACACAAUGCUAAAUUUUUAAAAAAUUAAUUAACUGAUUGUGAAUGUAAGACAGAGAUAAAUUACCAAACUGUCGUUCGGUAUGUUUUUGCUUAUUACAUUUUAAGUAAUAGAGAAAUGUUCUUCACCUGUAUCAAAUUUAAGUAGUUUAAUGAUGUUAAAGUAUCUGUAAAAUAGAUUCAAAGAAAUGUUUUGAUUGCAAAUGGUAUUCCUAAAUAUAGAAUCUAUGAUAAAGUUUGAUAACGUUCUUAGGAUAAACAGCAUGCUGUUCUAUAUGUUAGGACACAAGAAAACACAUUUUUGGAGAAAAAACCCUUCUUUGUAACACUUUGUUAGUGGACACAUUGAACUUAUUCAUUAUUGGCUUGGAAAACCAGGAUUUCUUUGAUAAGCUCACAACAUGAACUCUUGAGUCCUUCUAUGUAACAUCAACUGAUUAGGAUAUUAUAUAUAAUCUUUUUUAAGGGCAGAAUCAUCACCUAGUUUAGUUGGAUUUUUGCAGCGUGGUUGGAAAUGCUACAGAUCUGUUUGUGGCUCUAGAAUGCUAAAGUGUAUCUUGGAACAAGAAACUCGGGGAGAAAGAAACAUUAGCGUUUUCCUUCUAGAUGAAAAUAUUUAAGAUUGGAAUCAGUGUUUGACCCAUAUAUUUCAUUGAUAAGAGAAGAUGAGCCCAGGAAAUGAAUGUGUGGUUAUUCAAGCAUGAAAAUAUUACAGUCUUUUCAAUCUGUUGCUAGAUCCAACCUAUAGUAGUUGAAGCACUGUGGAUGCUUAUUUUUAUCUGCAAGCCAGGAAAUCAAAGGGCAUUGACUGAACUCUGUUUGCUUCAUUUGGGGUGGGGGGGUGACCUCGUUUUCCUACAGGGGGCCAUGCUUCUUUGAGACUUUCGAAGUGGUGUCCCCAGGAAAGAGUUAACUGGAUUUCACUUGAUUCGCUCUGGCUUAUAUGAUGAUGAGUAAUGCAAGGUUGGUAACGGCAAAUUGUUGUUUAUAAGCAAACAUGGCAUUGUGCACACAAGCAGGCCUGGUCUCCAACUGGUUUGAUUUCAUGGUGGUCAGCAGCUGAUCUAUGUAACAUACAACCUUUCUGCCUCUCUAAAUGUCAGAAGAAUGACUGUUUGUUUAUCUUGCCUUCUUUGCAGCUGUUUACUCUGUAAUGCAUUUACCUCGACCUUGAUUCCCAGAGAGUGGCCCCUCUCUCCUCCCCAGUUGUGUUUACAUUAGUCCUGCCCCUGGUGUCACCUAUGAAAUCUGUUGAUUAUUCCACCUGGUUAAUGUUAAAUUGCUCUUGUAAGAUGAUGUGUUUGUUCAUAAACACAAAUGCUGGGCGCCUUGUUUACUGUACCCAUGGCAGCAAUCGUUAUUAAACAAAUAUUGCUUUGUUUGCGGGUGUGAGCAGCAGUUUAUCCUGCAAGGUCUGUUUAAAAAACACACACAUUAGAAAAAAAAAAAAAAAAAAAACUUAAAUGCUAGAAUUUUGAUAAAGAAAGAAAAAGGGGAACUUGUCCCUGGAAUGUGGUUGAAAGAGACUUAGGUUUGCUUUUCUUAUCUUUUGCUUGGAUGAAGGGGCUGGAGAGAUUAGCGAGUUGUUUGGUUUUUCUAAGAGAUUUCCUUAGUGUAAUGAUAUCUAUGCAGUUGUUUGCUCUUUUCAGAAGGGAGAGAGCUCUCCUGAAGGGCCACUAGCUCAGUAAUAGAACAUCAGAUGGCUAGAAAACUUUGUCGAACAAACAAGGACUUAAAAGGUCUAGGAGAAAAAGUCUAGUGCUAUGAACAAGGCAGUCACCUUCGAAAGGUUUUUGAGUCAUGAUGCAAGAAUCUGGGACUGAGACAAAAAGUAAUGGUUCAGCCAUCCAGAAUGGGUCGAGCGGCGGCAACCACUUAUUAGAGUGUGGCGGUCUUCGGGAAGGGCGGUCCAACGGAGAGACGCCGGCCGUGGACGUUGGGGCGGCCGAUCUGGCCCACGUGCAGCAGCAGCAGCAGGCACUUCAAGUGGCAAGACAGCUUCUUCUCCAGCAGCAACAGCAGCAGCAAGUUAGUGGAUUAAAGUCUCCCAAGAGGAAUGACAAACAACCAGCCCUUCAGGUUCCCGUGUCAGUGGCUAUGAUGACACCUCAAGUUAUCACUCCCCAGCAAAUGCAGCAGAUCCUCCAGCAACAAGUGCUGAGCCCUCAGCAGCUCCAGGUUCUCCUCCAGCAGCAGCAGGCCCUCAUGCUUCAACAGCAGCAGCUUCAAGAGUUUUAUAAAAAACAACAGGAACAGUUGCAGCUUCAACUUUUACAACAACAACAUGCUGGAAAACAGCCUAAAGAGCAACAGCAGGUGGCUACCCAGCAGUUGGCUUUUCAGCAGCAGCUUUUACAGAUGCAGCAGUUACAGCAGCAGCACCUCCUGUCUUUGCAGCGCCAAGGCCUUCUAACAAUUCAGCCGGGGCAGCCUGCCCUUCCCCUCCAACCCCUCGCUCAAGGCAUGAUUCCAACAGAACUGCAGCAGCUCUGGAAAGAAGUGACAAGUGCUCAUACGACAGAAGAAACCACAGGCAACAAUCACAGCAGUUUGGACCUGACCACGACAUGUGUCUCUUCCUCUGCACCUUCCAAGACCUCCUUAAUAAUGAACCCACAUGCCUCUACCAACGGACAGCUCUCUGCCCACACUCCCAAAAGGGAAAGUUUGUCCCACGAGGAGCAUCCUCACAGCCAUCCUCUCUAUGGACACGGCGUAUGCAAGUGGCCAGGCUGUGAAGCCGUAUGCGAAGAUUUCCAAUCGUUUCUCAAACAUCUCAACAGUGAGCAUGCGCUGGACGAUAGAAGUACAGCCCAAUGUAGAGUACAAAUGCAGGUUGUACAGCAGUUAGAGCUCCAGCUUGCAAAAGACAAAGAGCGCCUGCAAGCCAUGAUGACCCACCUACACGUGAAGUCUACGGAGCCCAAAACUGCCCCUCAGCCCCUGAAUCUGGUCUCCAGUGUCACACUCUCCAAAUCGGCGUCAGAGGCUUCUCCGCAGAGCUUACCUCAUACUCCUACGACCCCCACCGCCCCCAUCACUCCCGUCACCCAAGGCCCCUCCGUCAUCACCACCACCAGCAUGCACACAGUGGGACCCAUCCGCAGGCGGUACUCAGACAAAUACAACGUGCCCAUUUCUUCAGAUAUUGCGCAGAACCAAGAAUUUUAUAAGAACGCAGAAGUUAGACCACCAUUUACAUAUGCAUCUUUAAUUAGGCAGGCCAUUCUCGAAUCUCCAGAAAAGCAGCUAACACUAAAUGAAAUCUAUAACUGGUUCACACGAAUGUUUGCUUACUUCCGACGCAAUGCUGCCACAUGGAAGAAUGCAGUGCGUCAUAAUCUUAGUCUCCACAAGUGUUUUGUGCGAGUAGAAAACGUUAAAGGGGCAGUAUGGACAGUGGAUGAAGUAGAAUUCCAAAAACGAAGGCCACAAAAGAUCAGUGGUAACCCUUCCCUUAUUAAAAACAUGCAGAGCAGCCACGCCUACUGUGCACCUCUCAAUGCAGCUUUACAGGCUUCCAUGGCUGAGAAUAGUAUACCUCUAUACACUACCGCUUCCAUGGGAAACCCCACUCUGGGCAACUUAGCCAGCGCCAUACGGGAAGAGCUGAAUGGGGCGAUGGAGCACACCAACAGCAACGAGAGCGACAGCAGUCCAGGCAGAUCCCCGAUGCAAGCUGUGCAUCCCGUACACGUCAAAGAAGAGCCCCUCGAUCCAGAGGAAGCUGAAGGGCCACUAUCCUUAGUGACAACAGCCAACCACAGUCCAGAUUUCGACCACGACAGAGAUUACGAAGACGAACCAGUAAAUGAGGACAUGGAGUGAACAUCUGGGCAGGCCGACCCCAAGAGUGAAGAUUGGGGGGAAAAAAAAAACAAAAACAAAAAAAACACACAAAAAAAACCCACACAACAAAAACACGUCAAAAGUUCGCAGUGAAAUCGUUCUCCAUUUGUUGUACAGUCUGGAGGAUUUUUCACUACAUUUUGACAACUCUGAAAUGUGUUAACUCUUAGUGCCAUCAAGAAUCCCAUUUGGGAGUAUUUUUGAUUUUUCUACUUUUUGUUGAAAAAAGGAAUUUGUACUCUGUGCAUUGGAUGGACUUGUUUGGUACUUGGGAUUUUCCUCUCAUAACAGUCAACAUCAGUGUUGUAAAUUUGCUAAACUGAUUCACUUUUAGCAGCAGACUUUGAACUGCAGUCCUGCCGACGUUGGACACUGAGGACACCCAACUGAGCAUGUGCACCUAAGCUGCAGACCAAGCCUCUGCCCAGAAUUUAAGGAUUCCAAUGGACGACCUAUUUGCACAGUACUGCAUGUUGAUUAUCACUGCCUUUACUCCAAAAUUUUUUUUUUUUUUUUUUUUUUUUUUUUUUGCUUCCAGUUGGGAUGGGGAAGGCCGUUGUGUGUGUAUUGGGGGGAGGGGUUAAAAAUAAUUAUCCCUAACUUUUUAAUGUAUUGCUUUUUUUUUUUUUUGGCUUCUACUUUACCAUUUUAAGUUCUGACCUCAGGCCUCCAUUUGGGCCCAUGGCCUCUUGGAGGCUUCAAGUUUUCUGUACCUUGUGAUGAAUGUUAAUAGGUGUUUUUAUUAUACAAAGCUGAAUGUCAUUUCUCGUUCGUAGUUUUCUGUCACUCAUUCCACUUCCCUUCAGACAUCACCACUGUUUUCUCGAAAGUCAGAAAACAUUCCAUUUUGGUCUUUUGCAAAAAGGUCCCAAAUGCUGCAGUCUACACAUGAAGGUCCUCUCACCCAGACAUGAAGUUCCUGCCAGAAAGAGAAUGAAUGACAGAAAAAAAAAAAAAAAAAAAGACACUUUAGGAACAACACAGAUUCAUUCCAUGAAGCAGUAUUGGAAAGUGGGAAGGGGUUUGUUUCAGAUUUUCCUUUUUUUUUUUUUUUGUACCUACCAUCAUUCUUAAUAAAUGCCACACCAUUUACCAGUACAAGAAAACAUAGGCAGCCCCGCCACCACAGCUGCCCCUGCCCCCCGCAAAAAAACUCAGCAGUUAGACGGACAGUGUGGCUGUGGAAGGCUUUCCCUGAGAUACUUAAUUGAGAUGGGCCUCAGGCUGUCACAGUUGUUAAAACCAGUGUGGGUUGCUUUGUUGGCAAAAUGGCCCAAAAGCUGGCUUCCCUGAGCAACUUCACUGAAAGUGUUGGUGGCGCCAGUUAAAACAUCCAUUCAGACCUGCUUGGUGGCAUUAAUCUGUGUGAAUGCAAAUUAGGUUUCAGAUUGAACUUGUUAUGUGAGUUAAUGAGGAGUGGGUUCAGCAAAUGCUAAAGUGUUCAUUUCCAACGUGCAGAUGUGGUCGAGCAGUUCAGUUGUUAUGCAGUCUUAUCCCACCAACCCAGUCUCAAAAACCAACAGCAGAACACCUCAGGUAGAUGGGGGCACAGCUCAGCCCUGGGCUUUUUGGGAAACAAACAUGGCGCCCAGAACACAACCAUCAUGGGUCAGUACAGCCCCAGCCCUUUGAAACCCUGAACAUUUCCACUCUGCACCCCCUUUCUUAUCAAACUCAUUUAUUUAAUAAUAAAUAUCUAGGACUGUAGCUUUUGCUUUAGUUUGAGAGCCUUUUGGAGCUUAAUUUAUACGCUUUGUACCUUUUUUUUCCCUAAAAUUACCAAAGAUAUUACACAAAGGUAAAUUAUGUUCUCUGUUUUAUGCUUUAUCUGAUGAAGCCAAAUAUCCUCUUAUUGUUGAUCAAAGGAGGCGAAAGAAUUUAGGGGGAUUGAUGAGGUAUAGGCUAUUGCUAACUUAAGAGAACUGCUUCUCCAUCGUAGAGUACAUGUAGAAGACCAAGGAGGUAAUGGAACCAAAGUUGUUACUUUUUUUUUUUUUUUGGCGUCAUUUUUCUUCUUCUGUACCUCUACAGAGACCAAAACUCAUUCUUGUAAAGAGAAUUAUGGGACUACUGAGAUAGAAGUAGGACGCAGUAUUAAGCAAGCAAAAGAAGGGGCACCAUUUCAGAGAAAAUAACACAAUGUAUGAUACUGAAACUUAGGGGUUGUCCAUUCACGAAGAGAGUGAAGGUAAAAUUCAGAGAGAAAAGCUUCCACAGUUGAACUAGAUCACAUAAGAGUGUUUCUGGAAUACAUUUCUUUUGCAAAGAAAGAUCGUAUGCCGCUUCUGUUUGACCUGUGCUAUGAUCACUGCGUUAAUCUGUAUAAUUGUAUCUUGGCAUACAAUCUCCGGGUUUUGGUUUUUGUUUUUUAAUGUUUCCUUUUUUCCCUUCCCUUUCUUUUUCAGAUUAGGCUUUGGGUCAGCAUUUUUCAUUUAAAAAAAAAAAAAAAAAAAAAAGUAACACUCCCGUCCACUCACAAGCUUGGUACAAAAACUUCUUUGGCAGUUACUUUUAAAGCAUCAUUCUGCUUUCUAUAGAAGGGGCAGUCUGUGGUCACUAGAGACUUACUUUUUUUUUUUUUUUUUUUUUUAAACUUUUCCAGGCAGCUUCAUGAUAUGCAGGCAGUAGCCAGACAGGGUCAUGGGAAGGGGGCCCUGCGCUUCUAAACUGAGUGGUUGCUGGUUAGUUUGGUAUUCAAAAGAGGAUAAAAAUCUGGUAGAUUAGUUCAUUCUCAGCAUGUGUAGCUAGACAUGAGUAAAGUUAACAGCAUGAGAAACUGUUAGUACGCGCAUACCUCAGUUCAAACCUUUAGGGAAUGAUUAAAAUUUAAAAAAAAAAAUACAUUUCACUCAGUUGCACUUAGUCGUAUGUCUUGCAUGCUUAGUCUAAAGACUGUAGCAAAAAGGAAAAAAAAAAUUAGAUUUUACAUAUCUUUGCAGGUAUCACAGCCUUGCAGAAGAACCAACUGAAAAAAAAAAAUUCUCAGGCUUUAUAGCAAGUAAACUUCACUCUGAUUUUUCCAGUUCUGAUUCUGUAUCCCUUGGGGGUAUUUCCAGUUGCUUCUUUAGGAUGGGGUUUAUUAUGUUGUACAUAUAUCCUGAUGUGUCUGUGUGAAUCUUUGUCUUUUUUGGGGGAGGGCGGAGGGUGGUUCUUUUUUUAGAUAUUGUUCCUAAAAAGGAAUAAAUGCAUACACCUGUUUGUCAAAACACCUUUGCUUUUUGUGCAACUGCUUGAUAUUAAUGAUACUUAAAAAAAAAAAGCUUUGAAAAAAACUACUGUAUGUAAUGGAAUUGCAGAAUAUGCUGCACAUGUAUUUUAUUUAGUUAUUCUUGCUUUAAGAAUAUUGGAUGACAUUUCCUGACAUGGGGGAGGGAGAAACUCCCAAACCUUUUUUUUUUUUUUUUUUUUUUUGGCUUUUAAAUUGUAACAUAGUUGACAGAUUUUUUUUUUUUUUUCCCCUGUUCUCUUGAUUGGAGCAUCUUGUACAGGUUUUUUUGGUUUUUUGUUUUUGUUUUUGUUUUGGUGUGUGUGCGGGUGUGUGUGUGUGUUAAUCUGUUUUUUUGAUACAUUCCUAGCCCUAGUGUUUAUCCUACCAUUGCCUUCCUGGCUAUCUUAAACGAGUUCAUACAUCUGAAAAGAGAAAAAAAAAAAUAUUGUUUUAAAAAAUGUUUUCUCCUGCUGCAGUAAAUAUUUUGCAUGAUGAAAUUCCAGGGUCAUACUUUCAAAGUUUAUCAGUGAAGUAGUGAUUAAUCAUGGGGAGUGUCAAAGCUAUUGAACUUUUUGUAUAAAAAAAAAACUUUACAAGGUGCCAAGAUGUACAGACAAUUUGUUACUUUUUUUUCUUCCAAAGAAAAGCGUAUAUUAGGGAGAAUAGUCCCUUGUAUCAGGCAAAUGCACUGUCUUAUCAGGAAUGAGGCUCCAUCUUCCUUGUCCUUAGAGUCUGUCUUUGUAAGACAAGCGAACGCUGUGGCGUUGAACCGGAAAUAAAAGGAUGGGAAGAGUGACCGCCAACUCUGCCACCUCCGGACAGCUCUGACCUGAUUCCCCAAGUUCCAUCAGACCUAGAAAAGAACACCUUGGAUUCUUAAUCCAAAACUUGAUGUCAAUCACUAGCUAUUUUAUCAUGAAAAAAAAAAAAGUUAAAUAUCUCCUCUCCUUUCCACAUUCCAGCUUGAGCUCCGUUGCCAAGGGUACAAAGAAGAACAUGCUUGUAAGGAUUUUGAAUCUUUUGGGGACCUUUUGGUUAAUGGUAGACCCUCUGGAUAUUUUGGAUGUUUUUGAGAGUCGGUUUCGCUUUUUUAUCCUGAGAAUGAGACUUACAGUUCUAAAGGCAUGUUGGGGGCCCAGUGCAGUUCUCACACUCUGCUACCAAGAAGCCUGGAUGGAGAUGGUACAGCCCGGACUGUGAGCAUGGUGCUUCAUGGAGAUGUGCUGCCAGUAACAAGAUUUUUGUUUUGUUUUGUUCUGUUUUGAUAAGGCAUAAAAGAAACUCAUUCCUUGACAUCAACUGUAAUUCCAUCAUUCCGUGUCUGUGGAUACAGACAAUAAAAAAAAAAAAAUGUUGUGUAGUCAGUACUAAUUACUGACAUGAUCGCAUUCUCAAAUGCAAUAAAAAUGCUGGUUGUUCACACUGGUA